CAAAAAGAAAGGGGGCAGCAGCUGCAGAUGAAGUGCAGAAAGAGAGGGGAUGAAAUAAUGGUGAACAUAAGGCAUAGUAUAUGUCAAUCCAUACCUAGGCGAUGGGGAAGAGAUACUAUCCUUUCAUUACUCAAUUUCAACCUUCUUUCUUACACUCGAUCUUCUGCAAUUUACUAUUAUUCCCGACUCUCCGCCAUCAUCUUCCUUCUCUUCUUGGCCGCUUUUGCUUACUCUAGCCUCCUUCAUUCUCUUCUCACUUCUAUUGAUGGAAUUUCUCCGCUAAAAAAUGAAUAUCCCAUAACUUGCUGGCUUGGCAAUGCCACUGGAAUAUGCCCUGCAAAUUACUAUCCAGGAAAAUUUGAUAAAAAAAAUUUGGACCUUGUGUCAACUUCACCAGCUGAGUGUCCUGAAUACUUUCGUUGGAUUCAUGAAGAUCUGCGGCCCUGGAGGGAGACAGGAAUUACGGAGGAGAUGGUGGAGCGUGCCAGCAGGAUGGCAGAUUUCCGUUUGGUGAUUCUGAAUGGGAAGGCUUAUGUUGAAUCAUACAGAAAGUCGUUCCAGACCAGGGAUGUGUUUACAGUGUGGGGGAUUCUACAAUUGUUGCGGUUGUACCCUGGAAGGGUGCCUGAUUUAGAUCUCGUGUUUCAGUGUGCUGACUGGCCUGUAAUUAGUGCAAGUCUAUACAGUGCUUCUAACGCCACUGCCCCUCCUCCGUUAUUUCACUAUUGUGCCAAUGAUUCCACAUUGGACAUUGUUUUUCCAGAUUGGACUUUCUGGGGAUGGCCUGAGAUUAAUAUAAAGCCUUGGGAUUCAUUGUUAAAAGACCUAGACGAAGCGAACAGUAGGACUAGUUGGAUGGACAGGGAUCCAUAUGCGUAUUGGAAGGGAAAUCCCCUUGUUUCUCUAAGCCGGAUAGAUCUCCUAAAAUGCAAUGUGUCUGAUAAGCAGGACUGGAAUGCACGUGUAUAUUUACAGGACUGGAGUCGAGAAGCACAACAAGGUUACAAGCACUCGAAUUUGGCAAGCCAAUGUACUCACAGAUAUAAGAUUUAUAUAGAAGGAUGGACCUGGUCUGUGAGUGAAAAAUAUAUUCUUGCCUGCGAUUCUGUUACCUUGCUGGUGAAGCCGCAUUUCUAUGACUUCUACUCAAGAGGUUUGAUGCCCAUGCAUCAUUAUUGGCCAAUUAGGGAUGAUGACAAAUGCAGAUCUAUUAAGUUUGCCGUUGAUUGGGGUAAUAGCCACCAGCAGAAGGCACGUGCGAUGGGUAAGGAGGCGAGCAAUUUCAUUCAGCGGGAUCUGAAGAUGGACAAGGUCUACGAUUACAUGUUUCAUCUCUUAAGCCAAUAUGCUAAACUCUUGAAAUAUAAGCCCGUAGUGCCUCGAAGAGCAGUAGAAAUUUGUUCUGAGACAAUGGCUUGUCGUUCAAGUGGAUUGACCAAGGAGUUUAUGAUGGAAUCAUUAGUGAAAGGUCCAAAAGACAAGAAUCCAUGUGUACUGCAGCCUCCCUAUGAUCCUGCAGUUCUACAAUCUGCUCUUUGGACAAAACAGAAGUCAAUAAGAGAAGUUGAGAGAUGGGAAAAACAGUAUUGGGACAACCAGAACAGAAACGACUAGGUUUAGAUAAAACAUUUUAUUACAUAAUCAGUCUCAUUGGUUGAGUUAUUUUUCUGAUAAGCCUCAUUGGUUGAGUUGUUAACUUGUAACUAGCUUUAAAUUUUUUUUUUUUAAUAUAUGUCAUAUCUCUU